AUGUUGUCAGAUAACAUGAAACAAAAGAGCAAAAAGAAACUCAUUGCUGACUUCGACACUGUUUCAUUAUAUCCUUCAGCUAUAGCAAGACUUUAUACUUUAGAAGGUAUUCCAAAAGUAUUGAAGGAUGAGAUGUUAAGCACAGAGUAUCUCAUGAGACAUUUAUUCGAUGAUGACCAAAAGGAACCCAUUGGUGAAAAGUUUAUGUCUGGCUUCUUUGUUCUCAUUAAGAUAACAGAGAUUGGUAUACCCAGACACUUUCAUUUAAUAGUUUGCGACCCUGAACUAAAUCCAGAACUUAACGUUCCAAGAAGUUCAAACACUUGCUGUCUCAUGUAUGUUGACCAUAUAACAUUACAAGACCUCAUAAAAUAUCAAGGUGUCAAAUGUGAAGUGUUGCAAGGAUACUAUUACGAUGGAAACAGAGAUAUGAGAAUAAGAGAUGAAGUAAAGAAGUUGUUUGAGUUAAGGUUAAAGUAUAAGAAAGAAGAAAACCCCUUACAAGAAAUUAUAAAACUCAUUCUGAACAGCAUUUAUGGCAAAACUAUUCUAUCUCCUAUUGAGUCAAAAAUAACCAUAGUAAAUGACAAAGAUGCUAUAAGAUAUGCUAUAAGAAAUUACAACCAUAUAGUGAAGUUCGAAGGUUUGGAUGGUUCAGAUAAAACUAUUUUCAAGCUAACGAAAAGCAUUUGCAGACACUUUAACUUCUGUCCACUUGGUGUUAAUAUUCUGUCUAUGUCAAAACGUAUUAUGA